GGCCGCGCAGACGCGCAGGGUUCUCGGUUCCGCCUCCGCCAAUCUGGACCCUCCUCGCGUUCCGUUCGUGCGUGCGAGCCGGCGCCGAGCUGGCGGGGCCGCGGAGGGCGGAUGGCGGACUCGCAGGCGUUCUGCGUGGCCGAGGAGCGCAGCGGCCACUGCGCCGUGGUGGACGGACACUUCCUCUACGUGUGGGGGGGCUACGUGUCUAUUGAAGACAAUGAGGUCUACUUACCCAAUGAUGAAAUUUGGACCUAUGAUAUUGAUAGUGGACUGUGGAAAAUGCACCUGAUGGAAGGAGAGCUCCCCACCUCCAUGUCAGGAAGCUGUGGGGCCUGCAUCAAUGGCAGGCUGUAUGUUUUUGGAGGAUAUGAUGACAAAGGAUACAGCAACCGACUUUACUUUGUCAAUUUACGAACAAAAGAUGGAAGUUUUAUCUGGGAAAAAAUCACCAAAUUUGAUGGACAACCACCCACACCUCGUGACAAACUUUCCUGCUGGGUGUAUAAAGACAGAUUAAUAUAUUUUGGGGGUUAUGGGUACAGGAGGCACAGUGAACUUCAAGACUGUUUUGAUGUCCAUGAUGCAUCUUGGGAAGAGCAGAUAUUCUGGGGAUGGCACAAUGAUGUCCAUGUGUUUGACACAAAGACAAGGACUUGGUCUCAACCAGAAAUUAAAGGUGGAGUCCCACCACAGCCUCGAGCCGCGCAUUCAUGUGCAGUUCUGGGAAAUAAAGGGUAUAUCUUUGGCGGACGCGUUUUGCAAACUAGGAUGAAUGACUUACACUAUCUAAACUUAGAUACCUGGACUUGGUCUGGAAGGAUCUCUGUUAAUGGAGAAAGCCCCAAACAUCGGUCAUGGCACACACUGACAGCAAUAGCUGACGAUAAGCUUUUCCUAUUUGGUGGACUAAGUGCAGAUAAUAUUCCACUGAGUGAUGGCUGGAUUCAUAAUAUUAUAACAAACUGCUGGAAACAACUUAGACAUUUACCUUACACCAGGCCCAGGUUAUGGCACACAACCUGUUUGGGAAAAGAAAAUGAAAUAAUGGUGUUUGGUGGGAGCAAAGACAACUUACUUUUCUUGGACACAGGUCACUGUAACGACUUACUGAUUUUUCAAACACAGCCCUAUUCAUUGCUCAGGUCAUGUCUUGACUGCAUUGGGAAAAAUGCUACCAUUUUAAAAAGUCAAAUAUCUUUAUUACCUCCAAAACUUCUGCAGCAAGUUCUCAAGAGAAUAACCUUUUGGACUGCAGCCAAUUACCGAAAAGAGCAAAGAGUCCUAGAAGAAGGGACAGUAAGCAAGCACCAGUGGGUCAGUAGCCCCUGAGUGGCUCCAGGUCCAGUAUGUCUAAGUCAAAGUGUCUUAAUGAGACCACACAUCUGACCCUCCUCCCCUCCAGCCACAAGCUCUAUUCAGAGGAUAAAAUCAGAAAAAAAUGUCUUGCUAAUGUGAUUGAAUGAUAUGGAAUAUAUGGAAAUAAGAUGUAACUGAAGAUUUCUCUGUGUAUUUGUAAACUGAUUUACUUAUAAAAGACAGACUUCGUGUUCUUUCUGGAAAUAAGUACAGUAACAGCAGUUCUUAA